AUGGCGCCUCCACAGUCUAUAGCCCACCGACGUACACACAACCUACUACUAAUAUCACGUCUUUUGAAUCUACGCGAUAAUGUGUCGCCAUUUACAUUGUUGCUCGACUCAUUGUCACAGAGCGCGAAACCGGUAGUGAGGGAAUUUGUUAGACGUGGCUUGUUGGCGAAAUGUGAGAUCGUGUUCGUAGCAUUCGAAACACUUCGCUGUCCACCUGGUAUCGGAAAGUUCAUCAAAGCCCGCGGGAAGACAAUCCCUGUACUCCAGAGAGAGAUCACAGCUGCAAUUCCAGCCGGUGCCAAAACACUCCUAAUUAUUGACUCUCUCAACCCUCUUGCCACCUCCUCACCAUCAUCCCUUUGUCUGUUUCUUUCGUCUCUCCUCACACCCACAACUACUCUUCUUUCCACAUACCAUCUCGAUGUUCCGCUCCCCCCACAAAAGUCAUAUCCAGAGACUGCACCCGAGGCUUUAACACUGUUGAAAUACUUGUCUACGACGUUAGUAACGGUUCAUUCGAUCCAUCAUGCGCUCUUGAGGAAGCAGCACAAAGACCGAUCAUUACCUGCACCAGUGUGGGGGCUAGAUGAGGGGACCGAGGGCGUAGUAGUAGGGUUAGGUAGUAAUAGUACCGAGGGCGUAGUAUUGGAAAUGGAGUAUAGGAGGAGGAGUGGCAGAAGGGUUAGCGAAAUGUUUCACCUUCCCCUGGAUGUUGCAGAUAAUGGAGUCAGGGAAAAGGAGAGAGUUGUGUUGCUCGAGGAUCAUCCGGGGUGGAGAUUGUCGGAACAGAAAAGGGCUAGAGAUGAGGUCGUGUUGCCUUAUUUAGAUGCACAACGCGAAGGUGGUGGUAGGGGCGGGGCUAUCCUAUUUACACCUGAUAAGGAGAUCGAUGACUUUGAUGAGGAGGAGGACGAAUUGUAG